AUGCCCUCACAACGCCCCUACUUCCUCUCCUCCUUCAUCGCCGCUUUCCGCCAACAAGGGCCAACCCUCCAAACCAACCAGCAACCCAACAAGCACACCAGCCAAACCACCAACGGCUCAUCCCCAUCGCCAUCGCCAUACCCGCAAACAGCGUCCGCGCCACGGUCCAUCUCCUCCACGGCAGCAGCGUCAUCCGCACAGGCGAAUAGUCGCUCCCCUCCCACCAGCGUGUCUAUCCACUCUCCCCGCGGCAGCGGCGCAACGUCCAUUCCUAUCCCGAACCCUUCUGCGUCGGGCCGUCGAAGGGGCAGCGACAGCAGUAGCGAGGGCUUUAGGGAUGCGAUAGGUGCGGAUAGGUGGUACAUUGGUGGUAGGACGGCGGGCGGGGAGGAAAAGUUUUUCAAGUUAGGCGUGGUGAGGAGGGUGAAAAGCAAUGAUGGGUUGAGCUUGGAUCGGCUGAGUUUAUAA